GACGAACUUCUGUUAGCAAGUUCUGGUACUGAUUGUCAUUUUUAGUUAAAAUUCCGGCAGUGAUUUUUGAAGUAAAAUUUCUAUGCAUUCAUAUGGAUGAUUCUAAGUUCAUAGAAAUGGUUGCUAAGUUCCUUUCCUGUCAUUUACCUGACUAUCUGGUUGCUCGUACUCUAUCCACACUGGUCUCUUACCCUGUGUUAUUUUGACACCUUUGCCUGAUGUAUGAGUAGGUCAGAUCCAAAGCGACUGGCUAGCACAUUACAGACUGAAAAUGAGGAAUCAUGCACAACUUACAAUAUGCUGAAGGUCUCCCGCCACCUAUUCAGAUGGACCAAAGAAAUGGCUUAUGCAGAUUAUUAUGAGCGUGCUCUGACAAAUGGUUUGCUAGGCAUCCAAAGAGGAACAGAGCCUGGAGUGAUGAUAUACAUGCUUCCACAACAUCCUGGAAGUUCCAAAGGCAAAAGCUAUCAUGGAUGGGGAACAUUGUAUGAUACUUUUUGGUGCUGCUAUGGAACAGGAAUUGAAUCAUUUUCAAAGCUGGGAGAUUCCAUAUAUUUUGAAGAGGAAGGAGAAGCCCAGGUCUUUAAAUUAUUCAGUAUAUAUCAAGCUCUGUUGAUUGGAAAUCUGGACAGAUCAUGAUCAAUCAGAAAGUUGAUCCUGUUGUUUCUUCGGAUCCUUAUCUUCAGGUGACUUUCACCUUUUCUCCAAACGAGGGGUCAAGCCAAGCAUCUACCUUGAAUUUGAGGAUACAGUUUGGACACAUUUAGAUGGUGCUACCGCAACAAUAAACUCUCAGAGUUUGGCUAUACCGGC